AUGCAGGCCUUCACCAGACAACUACGACCUACCGGGUCAAUUCUGCGCCAGCUCUCCAAGAGGACGUACAGCGCCCAAUCCGGCCCUUACCAGCAGACCAUCGAGAACCUCAGGAUCAACGGUGACACCAAGGUCAUCUUCCAGGGCUUCACUGGAAAGCAGGGAACAUUCCACGCUGAGCAGGCCAUCGCAUACGGUACAAAGGUCGUCGGUGGUACAAACCCCAAGAAGGCUGGCUCCAAACAUCUCGACCUGCCCGUCUUCGCAAAUGUUUCCGACGCCGUGAAGGAGACUGGCGCGACCGCCACAGGAAUCUUCGUCCCCCCACCUCUGGCAGCUGGUGGUAUCCAAGAGGCCAUUGAGGCUGAGAUCCCUCUGGUUGUCUGCAUCACGGAAGGCAUUCCUCAACAUGACAUGGUCCGCAUCACCUCCAUGCUCAAGACGCAGAACAAGACCCGUCUCGUAGGCCCCAACUGCCCCGGUAUUAUCGCCCCUGGCCAAUGCAAGAUUGGCAUCAUGCCCGGCUUCAUCCACAAGCGCGGCCGCAUCGGCAUCGUCUCCCGCUCCGGCACCCUGACCUACGAGGCCGUCAACCAGACCACCCAGGCCGGCCUCGGCCAGAGCCUUGUUGUCGGUAUUGGCGGUGACCCCUUCUCUGGCACCAACUUCAUCGACUGCCUCAAGGUGUUCCUCCAGGACGAGGAGACGGAUGGCAUCAUCAUGAUCGGCGAGAUCGGCGGCUCGGCCGAGGAGGACGCCGCGGACUUCCUCCGGGCGAACAACACUGUCAACGGCGGCAAGCCCGUGGUGAGCUUCAUCGCUGGUAUCUCUGCGCCCCCUGGGCGUCGCAUGGGUCACGCUGGCGCCAUCGUCAGCGGUGGCAAGGGCGGUGCCGACUCGAAGAUCAAGGCGCUCGAGAGCGCUGGUGUGAUCGUGGAGCGCUCGCCGGCUGGCCUGGGUAAGGCCCUCCGUGACGAGUUCGUCAGGCGCGAUUUGCUGUAA